GUUAAGUCUAAAUUUGUAACAAGAUGAAGAAAAAAAGUAAAAAAGCAUUUAGGCCGUGUAAAAUUCCGAGAUAUUUAAUUGGGUCCGUUAGUCCCCAAGUUAUUAAAACUGAUUUGGCGGAAUAUAAUGCACACAGAUAUAAGGUUUUCACAGCGAAAACAAAAACUGAUACUAAACCACCCCCCAUGAAUCCUUUCAACUACAUCAACCUUCGAAAGCUCCGUGCAGAUGCUGAACGAUUACAAAUGAUUGAUAAGGAAAAUAAGCAACUUCUUAAAUCCAUAAAUAUAAUAAAUAGGACUAUUGGAAAAAUUGAUUCAUAUAACCCUGAAGCAUACGCAUCUAAAUCAAAAUGGCACGCACAUGUUAUGACAAUGAAAAAAAUUGACCGCAAAAAUAAAGCAAUUUACGAGAAAUUAAUGGCAGCAACUUCCAGUUACGAUUGUGAUUCUCUACGAAAAUUCUGGAUCAGUAUUAUCGAAAAAUUAAAAUUAACUGCAAAAUUUCCUUUAGUCAUUCUUCAGAAAGUUUCAGUAGAUUCAGUCAUCGCAAGACAACCUUCAAUAAGUUGCGGACUUGAAAAAUUAUCAGAACGGCCCCGGUGUUUUUUGGAGUUUCAAGUGGUAAAUGGUCCAGUUUUGGGCCGCGUUGAAAUCGAGCUUUAUCACGACCACGUCCCUGUUACAGUUCAAAAUUUCUUAUCAAUCUGUUGCGGUGAUAACAAAAAGAAGCUUUCUUAUAAGAAUUGUCCGAUACAUCGAAUAGUUCCGGGCCGAUUUUUAGAAACUGGAGACAUAACUAAAGGAACUGGACGCGGUGGUGUUUCAAUCUACGGUAAAUACUUUGCCGAGGAAGGACACAAACUUAAACAUACUAAACCCGGGGUACUUUCUAUGUUGCGUGUGCGCAAACAUGAUAACAAUUCACGAUUUUGUAUCACAUUCACGAAUAUGGAACAACUGGAUAUGCAGAAUGUUGUUUUUGGUUAUAUUGUGCGAGGUGCUGAUAAUUUGCUUAAAAUAGAGGGAUAUGGUCGCAAUAUCGGCAAGCCCUUAGCUCCUAUAAUCAUUUCGGAUUGUGGUAAAUUGAAUCCGGCGCCUGAAUGUUAGGGAUUUUCGGAACGUCAUGUUGGUGCUUUAAAUUAAAAAUGGCAGUUUCCUUUCAUGAAAUUGAGUGAAGUAAGCAGUAAGCUGUUUCGGGUUUAUAUCAGGAAAUAAAGUUCUAAUUAAACACUUA